UGCUGUAAACAUGGGUUUCUGAGCUCUGUGAGUCAUGACGUGACUGUUUUGUUUUUAUUUUUAUUAUUAUUUAUUGUGAGAUGAACGACAUUAUGGAGGAGCAGGAGAAUCCAGCAGAAGAGGCCGGUGGGAGCAGGAGCAGCAGGUCCAGACCGGCGGUGGAUGGAGGGGGUGCAGCUCUGGAGAAGAGAGGACCUUAUAUCAUGGCGAAGGUUCCAGCGCUACACACGAAACUACAGAAAUCCAGAGAAAUGGCCAGAAGAGCCUUAAAGAAGAAAAGCUUUACAUCAGGAGGGCGCGCCCUGCAGCAUCCCAGACAGAAAAAUGUAAAGUUUAAUAAAGGAUACGCAGCACUCAGUCAGAACCCGGAGGAGCUGCUGGUGUCUGUGGAUUCUGACGACAGUGAUGUGGAGCUGGAGUACUCGUCUGGAUAUUCCUCCUCAGAGGUUCACCCUGAUCUGAACAGGCAGUUGUUGAAGGACGGUUACCGGCUGGAUGAGAUCCCCGACGACGAGGAUUUGGACCUGAUUCCUCCCAAAUCCGUCGGCUCGUCCGUCUGCUGCUGCUCCGACCGUCUGUCCUGCUGCCUGCAGUGAACCUGCUAACAUGAUGCUAACCUGAUGCUAACAUGAUGCUACAGCGCCCGACUGAGCGCCGGGAUCCGUGUGCUUUAUUUAGGAUCCGUUACUGAGGAACCCAGAAUUCUACUGAGUGUAAAACUCUGUCUGAUGUUACUGAGCUUCCUGUUUUACACACAGAGACUCACGACGUUUGGAGAGCGAGAGAUGUUUUAUUAUUAUUAUUAUUAUUAUAUACUGUAUAUAUUUAGCUUUAGCACUUCUGUUAAUGAUGCUACAGGGAAACUGGACACUGCUGGGAAUUUGGUUCUAGUGUCCCGGUGGGGCGACUGGACGAGCGCAGGGUCACCGGGGCUUUAAAUUCAGCGUACACACCCAGAAUUACUCAACAAGCGAUUGUCAGGUGGUCAGCUGUUUUAUAAUAUUAUAUUAUUAUUAUUAUUAUUUGCUCAAAGGCCGUCCUGAUCAGGGUCUGGUGGGUCUGGAGCGUCCCUAAAAAGUCCUGGUCACAAGUCCAUGUUUGGAGAAGAUCCUGGUUUGCUCGUGCCUUGUUUGAACACGUUUCAGCACCUUGUGUGUGUAUUUAUACGUAAGCGUUCCUUAUGUUUACUUGUUAGCUGCCUUGUGGUGCUAAUACAAGCCGAAACGUUCAGUUUGUUGUCUUGCUUAUAUUGGGUCAUAAUACCAGUCUGUCCAACCCAUAAUCCUGUAACUGGUUCAGUACCAGCUACCCUAAACCAGCAAGUAGCUAAAAAAUAAUCCACCCUCUUUAUUUGUAUGUUACUGGUUCCCAGUUCCAGUCACAAGCACCAAUAGAUGCAUAACGGUUGCUCAUCUAAACUCGCUUAGUUUUCCUCCCAAUUUAGUCCUAUCUGAUUCUCCAAUGGUAUUUCGCACGCGCCAUACAACAUGUGUGCAGCACCGGCCGCUUCUGUUCACCUGCACCAGGAUUCAUACGGAGAUCCGUAUCGCGCACGGAGAGUCACGCACUGAUCUCCGUUAUCCCCCGCCUCUGUGUAGUGCAGCACCAUCGAUGAGCCAGCAGAGGGCGUCACUGCACAGUUCAGUUAUGAGGAAUUCCUGCUCAGUUGUUGUUUUACAGACAGCCAUCGUGUGUGUGUGUGUAGGCGCCCGGCCGGCUGAUAGCAGAGCUGAGAUCGGAGCUUAAGGUGUGUGUGUUUAUCACGCUGCCUGUUUCACUUUUAAACCUUUUAUUUUUAGUUUUCCUUCAGUCGGACGGAUCAGAGCCGCCUGCCUUUAGAAAUCAGUGUGUUACGUCUAGUCUCGUUACCUGUUACUGAUAUUUACUGAGUGUAGAUCAGAUCUGUAAUAUAUAUUUACUUUAUUUUUAAUAAAAGCAGCAUUAUUUUUAUUAUUAAUAAUUAAUAUUUUCCUUUCCAAGAGUUUAAAGUUACUGAUUUCACUGAGUUUCCAUCAUUCAGUGAUUUAGUGGUAAAUAUUUAACAUUCAGCCACCUCUCACUGUUACAACACAUUUAACAUCAGUAUAAUAAAUAAAAGCUUUAAUGUAAUAAUAAAUAAAAGUUUAGAUCUUCAGAUUUAUGGAUUUUUAAGCUGAUUUUUCCCCCCUGCAGACACUACCAUACUAAACUAACUGGCAUCGUGGGUUCAAUAAACAAAACAGAAACACGUAAAGAACCGGGACGAUUAAUCUCACAGCUCUACAGUAUCAGACCUGAGGGGAUUUGAACUAAACUGGGAUUUGAUGCCACUUUUCUGCCUGUUUUUAUUAAGUGCAGCACUUUGUGGACGUGGAAAAGCAAAGGGACGUUUGAGUAGCUUCAUAUUCAGAUGUGUGUGUGUGUGUGUGUGUGUGUGUGUUUAUAAGUCUGUUUUAUUUCUGAUCUUUGGGACUUCUCUCCUUCGCUAUGCAACGUUCUGGACAAUCUGUUUCUCCUUGUUUCCUCUUCGUAGCAGUUCUGAACCACGACACGUUCACUGCAGUAACUUCAUCCUGUCUGAUCACGUUGUGUAAAAAUAAAACACUUAUUUGUAUGGAACUAAUAUAAUAUUAUUGUAUAUCACAAUAUUGUUUGCAAUUUGUAAUGUUAUUCAAUAUAUAAGAUUUUGUACUAUAAUGAGUGAAAUAUUUGAACAGUAUUCAAUUAAAGCAGAAAGAAAGAAUAAAAAUAGUUUCUGUUUU